CUGUCAAUUUGUAAGACACAGGCGGGCGGGCCACGGCCAUAAGUGGGGGCGCGUGUUCAGAGUACAAGCUUCAGCUCCCCUUCCGCUAUUUUUCCGCCCUUCUUGCUGCCCGAGCCUGCUGCCAGCCUACCACACUGAAAUUUCGCAAGCAAGAGAAUAAAGCUCGCUUUCUCUGUGCGCGAGUAUUUUUAUCAAAUUCUCCAUCUGUAAAACUUCAUUUCGGGGUAUUCAGUUACUAGGUCAAUGUUGUAUGCAAUAUCUUUUCCGAAAAUUUGUAUUACUAGUGUACCUUAUCCCAAAAUUAGAACCCCAUGUCCUCCUCGAGGGCAUUUGGCUUCAACAAGGCUUCGUGUAUUGGCUUCUUUACCAGAACCCAAUGGAGCUAAAACUGAGUACACUCCAUGGCUGAUUGUUGGCUUGGGGAAUCCAGGAAACAAGUACCAUGGAACCCGGCACAAUGUUGGGUUUGAAAUGAUUGACCGCGUCUCUCAAGCAGAAGGCAUUCUGAUGAACACUAUACAAUCGAAAGCAUUGAUUGGGAUAGGUUCCAUUGGAGAGGUACCCAUUUUGUUGGCCAAACCUCAAACAUAUGUGAAUUUUAGUGGAGAAUCGGUUGGGCCACUUGCUGCAUAUUAUCAAGUACCCUUGCGUCACAUCCUCCUGGUGUAUGAUGAGAUGAGCUUACCAAAUGGUGUUUUGAGGCUUCAGCCUAAAGGAGGACAUGGCCAUCACAACGGAGUGAAGAGUGUCAUGGAGCACUUAGACGGUCGACGUGAAUUUCCACGCUUUUGCAUAGGCAUUGGGAAUCCACCUGGUGCCAUGGACAUGAAGGCUUAUCUUCUUCAGAAAUUCAGUGCCAUAGAGAGAGAACAGGUAGCUGCUGUGUUCAGUUUAGAUCAAUUGGACCUGCUGAAAGGUCCAAUUUCUAUCGGCUGUAUGUGCAGGUGGAUGCUGCUAUGGAACAAGGGGUCGAGGCUGUCAGAACGCUUGUACUAGAAGGAUUUAGCAGUAGAAUUACUAGAUUUAAUCUUGGGCAGAAGUACAAGCACAAUAAAGUUUGAGUUCAGUUGAAGGUAACAAAGAGUAUAUAUAUAUACAUGAUCACAUUAUAUAGGCUUCACUGCUAAUUUGCUGUAUUAUUAGUGAAGUGAGUAUUAUUAUAUUUUGCUAAUUUGAAAGAAAAAGAAAGAAAUUGAGUAAUCGCAACUUGAAAUCAAAAUCUCGUGACUUCAUUGCUUCCCCA